AGAGGGAACAGUGGAGGCGGCGGCAGCGUCGCCCCGUCGGGAGACAGACACAAGGCGAUCACCGCCACCAUCAUCACCAUCAUCCGAGGGGGGAGAGACAGGACCGCGGCUCGUGUCCGACGAUAAGAACAAUGGGAGAGAUGACUGAGCGGAUUCUGGAUUUCUAAAUGGAAAACACGCGGAGGUUAAUAUAAGGCAGUGUUUGGAGAAAGGAGGGACCCCCGGCUGCAGCCUGCCCCCCUCCCUCAGCCAUGCCGCUUGUGUUCCGCACGCUGUUGUUCGGCUUUGUAACGCUGCUGGCUGUGGUUUUGAUUAUAGAUGAUAUUGCAGAAGUGGAGGAAGAAACUGCAAAUAAUGGACAUUCAAAGAAGACAAGCUUGCAGAGGCUCAUCCCUAAACCGCACAGACAGGCUGCAGCACACGUUGAUCCGACCGCUUUGACAAGAUCCAGCAAAGGCAUGAAUCGUCUCAGCCCGAGCUACAAUAACACUGCCAAGCUCUCCUCCAACAACUGGACCUUCAACAAGACCCUCUCCAACCUCAUCAGGCAGACUCAUCACCCUCCACGAUUAUCUCAGCACAUUCACACCCGCGGCUCAGCAGCGUCUUCAAUAAUAACUGUGUUUCCUCUUUUUCACAGGAAGAAUAUUCUGAGAUUUCUUGAUCCCGAGCGAGACAUCUCCAUUCUGAAGGGCACACUGAAACCGGGAGAUAUCAUCCACUACGUUUUUGAUCGCCACAGCACCACAAACAUCUCCGAGAAUCUCUACCGUCUUCUGCCGACUGUGUCCCCCAUGAAGAACCAACAUCACAGGCGCUGCGCUAUUGUGGGAAACUCCGGCAUCCUGCUGAACAGCAGCUGUGGCCCUGAGAUUGACUCUCACGACUUCGUUAUCAGGUGUAACCUGGCACCGGUGGAGGAGUACUAUCGGGACGUGGGGUGGCGGACCAACUUGGUGACCAUGAACCCCUCAGUGGUGCAGCGGGCCUUCCAGGACCUGGUCAGCGAAGAGUGGAGGGAUCGCUUCUUGCAGCGGCUUCAAAGCCUCAGCGGCAGCGUGCUGUGGAUCCCGGCCUUCAUGGCCAAGGGGGGAGAGGAGCGGGUGGAGUGGGCCCUUCGCCUCAUCCUGCUGCACACCGUGGACGUCCGCACCGCCUUCCCCUCACUGCGGCUUCUCCACGCUGUCAGAGGGUACUGGCUAACCAACAACGUGCACAUCAAGCGUCCGACCACAGGGCUCCUCAUGUACACGAUGGCCACCCGCUUCUGUGAGGAGAUCCAUCUUUACGGCUUUUGGCCCUUCCCUCUCGACCCGCACGGCAAACCAGUCAAGUACCACUACUACGAUACUCUAAAGUACGAGUACACUUCCAGCUCCAGCCCUCACACCAUGCCUUUGGAGUUCAGGACCCUGAGCACGUUGCACAGACAGGGGGCGCUGCGGCUCCACACUGGGGCCUGUGAUGUAGCGAGGAGGGAGAAGGAGCUCCAGAGCAAAUAGCUUCAUGGGAGUUGAGCAGACUCUAUCAACAGUUUUCUUGUUACGGUACUUUUAUGAAACUUGAAUUAACUUAUUUCCAGUUAUUGGACUGAACUUUUUCUAUUCGGAGCUCUUUUGGUGACUCGUUUCAAUGCCGUGUUUUACCUUUUACUGAGAUUUCUAUGGCAACCUUUAGAAUGAUUAAACCCUUUUUGUCCAGCUGGUGUAACUCAACGGUUUCAUGGAGAUCCUGUCAUGACCAUCUGUUGGCCCUUUAUAGCUGUCAGAGCCCAUCCAGGUCCUCAGCAUGGUUAGAACUUAUGGAUUAAGGAUUCAGAACACAUAAAACCUCGAUUCCAAAAAAGUUGGGACGCUGUGUAAGUAAAAACAGAGUGCAGUCAUGUGCAGAGGGACUGUUUUUAGUGUUCCUUAGCCCAUGUAGUAACAUCCUUUAUACAAUCCUGUGUUCACAAAGUGGUGAACAUCACUUCCAGGAUGCUCCUUUCAUACCCAAUCAUGAUACUAUCACCUGUUACCAAUCAACCUGUUCAC